AUGCCACCCACCCUAAAAUUGAUUGUGGUUGGGGAUUCAUCGGUUGGGAAGACGUCGCUUCUGAUCAGAUUCGAAACAGGCAAAUUUCCUGAGCAUUUUCCUCUCAGUGCGUAUGCUCUUCUUGAAGAGAAAAGAAUGCCUAGAGCAGGUGUUAAUAUUAUGGCAUAUGCUCAUCUAGUGUUCACCACCACGUAUUCUGUGACACACAUCGUGGAUGGAGAACCGUACAUUGUUCAGUUAUGGGAUACGCCAGGUGAUGCAGAAUACGAUCGACUCCGCCCUCUCGCCUACCCUCAGACCGAUGUCUUUAUAAUGUGUUUUUCAGUAGUGGAUCCCGAUAGCUACGAGGAUGUUCGGACAAAGUGGAGUCAAGAGACGGCAUACCACAACCCGUCUUCACCAGUCUUGUUGGUUGGCACAAAGACAGACUUGCGUAAAGAUUCGGAAUUACGUGACAGGCUUCGUGAAAUGAAUGCAUCACCUAUUCAAUUUCCUCAAGGUCUGGCUAUGCGCAAGGAUAUCGGGGCAGCUGCGUACAUUGAGUGCUCCGCCCUCACAGGGUAUGGAGUUCAGAGUGUAUUUGAAAAAGCGAUGCUCCUUGCAGCCAGGCCACCUCCUACCAUGAGAAUGAUUCAUCAGUCCCGUAAAAGUUGUGUGAUUGUAUAA